AUGAUUCUAUCAAAUCUAUUCACAGCCUUUUUAAGCAUUGCUUCAGUCUCUGCGUCUCAAUCGUUCGGUGCCAGUAAUUUCGAUGGGAUCAAUGAGCCUUCCAAGCGUGGAGAGACAUUGCCUCGUGAUGGAGGCUUUUUCAAUUUGGGAAGUGUUCCGUCGGUAUCAACUAAUGCUGGGAUAUAUGAAAACUUUGGAUGUUUCGAGGAUGGCGUUCGUGGUAAACCUUUGGCUUCUCCUCUCCUUAACCUAACUGGAGCCCCAGCGGAGACAAUUCAAAGUUGUGUAAAUGCUUGCUCUAUCUCGGGACAAGAUGGAAUACCAUACACCUAUGCCGGCAUAGAACCUGGGUCUUGUUGGUGCUCCAAUUAUAUUUUUAUACUGGCCGUUAGAAGCUCUCCGUUUUGUCUAUCGAGUUGCCCAUCUACUUCCGGCAAAUAUUGUGGCGGUACUGUGAAUGGAAUACUUUACAUGCAGAUAUACGAAUUAAAACAAGGGUCUGGGAAUUUCAAUCCCACUUCGACGACAUCUGUAACAACGUCAGCUUGUUCUUCGUUGAUUUCUUCCAUCGAAUCAUCCAGCUUAAUGCCCCAGUCGGAAUCUACAACUAGUACAUUGACAGUUUCCGAACCACCCACCGAGACCUCUUCCUCGGCCACGUCUCCAGCUCCUGAUUUUGAGGUUCCCCCAAACCCUGAAUCGAAAGCCAAACCCAAGGGUAAACUCCACCGUCGCCAACUCGGACCCAUCCCAGAAAACUUCCUCGAACCACCCGGCCGCCCAGAUUUUAUCAAAGAAUUCCCCGAGAAAAAUACCAAUAAACCAUUUCCCCCACCCUUCGACAGACUAAAAGAUCCUAUCGAUCCAGCUACGGGUAAAAAGAUCCCUCCCAAAAAACCAAGAUAUAGUCACUCGAAAAUUAGUUUGAGAAAAAGACCAAGUUUGAAGGAUAUUGGUUUGUUGCAAGAUGGUCGUGUGGCUGAGAGUUUAGACCAGACUAAAAAUGCUAAUGAUAACGAAGAGAUAAAAAGAAAAGCAAAAUGGAAGAAAAUAAUCGAGAAGAAAUAUGAAAAUAAACUUCGUCUUCAAGGGUCACCUAAAGCGUACAUGGAAAUGGAGGAGACGAUGACGAGGAGCAGGAGAAAGGGACAGGCUAAGGAUGUUAUGGAGGAAUGGGAAAAGAGGAUUUUUAUGGGGUUGGGGAGGGGAAAAGCGGAGGGUGGAGAUGGGAAUCGGGAAGAGGUGGUUGUCGAUCCUACGUUGAGAGAGGAUGCGAUUAUCAAUCGGGUGCUUUUGGGGGAGGGGGAUCGGGAUGAAGGGGAUGAAGAGGAAGAUGGAGAAGAAGGAGAAGAAGAAGAAGAUGGUAGGAUAUGGAGGAAAUGGGGUGGGCAGAAGUGGAGUGGAGGGAAGAGGGAGGGGGGAAAGAUACAUUUGGAGAGGAAGUGA